UGCAGCUGACGAGCCGAAACCCUCCGCUGGUAGACGCUCGCGCUGCGCCUGCGCCCUGAACCCUCUCCAGCCUCAGAUAUGUUGCCUUGCUUGAAAUCGAGCAGCUGCUGCAAAGAAGAGCGGAGGCGCAGGCGAAGUGCAGCAUCGGAGCGAUCGGCGCGGACGAGGCAGACCGAGGAUCGGCGGCUCGGGAGCGGACUGGCGCUGGGAUCGGGCGGCAUGGAUCCAUCUUCGCCUGUGCGCGAGAGAAACGGCUUGUUCUAAGCGGGCGGCGCUUUCCCCCGUGCAUUGUGGAUGAUCUCUCCCAGUCAGCCCCGCGUAUUGAGAUGAUCUAUUUUUGUGAUGGCGAAGGGUUUGAUUCCACGCGCCUGGGUGAAAAAGUCCUUCUACUUCCAGGCUCGGAUCUCCUUCGUCCGGGUCAAGUACCUGUUCCUCACCUGGCUGGCCGUGCUGGUGGGCAGCUGGGUCCUCUACGUGCAGUACUCGGUCUACAGCGAACUGUGCAGAGGACACGAGUGCAAGAACGCCAUUUGUGAUAAAUACCGGCGCGGGAUCAUCGAUGGAUCCGCCUGCAGCAGCCUCUGCGACAAAGAAACACUCUACAUGGGCAGGUGUCUGUCAACGCUGCCCAACAACCAGGUUUACACAGGCAGCUGGGGAGACCGUGACGGCAUCGUCCGCUGUAACCUGGGGGAGGUGGUGCACUACGAGCUGGGCGAGGAGCCGGAGCCGCGGAGGGAGACCCCGGCGUUCGACAAACCCACCAGAGGCACCUCCGUGGAGAAGUUCCGGGAGAUGGUCCUGAACCACCUCAAGUCCAAGCUCGGGGAGCAGGCCAACCUCGGCGGCUUCGUCAGCCAGGUGCUGUCCGUCGCCGACGGCAACCGGGACGGACAGGUGUCUCUGCCCGAGGCCCGCUCCACGUGGGCCCUGCUGCAGAUGGACGAGGUAACGGAGGGGACGGGGCUCCACGCGCGGCGCCCCGGUCUCGCGUGCGCGCGGCGUGCUAAUGACCCGUUGUCCGCUUGGUCCCAGGUGCUGCUGGGCCUGCUGCUCCAGGACCGCGGACACACCCCCCGCCUCCUGGGCUACUGCGGGGACCUGUACGUGACGGAGCGCGUCCCCCACGGGCCCCUGUACGGGCUGCCGCUGCCGUGGCCGCUGGUGUCGUGGGUGCCCGGCGGCGUCCAGCGCUCCAUCGACCAGUGGUUCACGCCGUCGUGGCCGCGCAAGGCCAAGAUCUCCAUGGGGCUGCUGGAGCUGGUGGAGGACCUCUUCCACGGCACCUACGGCAGCUUCCUCCUCUGCGACGUCGCCGCGCCGCACUUCGGCUACACCGACCGCCACGAGCUGCGCCUCACCCGCGCCCGCACCGUCGUGCCCGAGGAGCGCUUCCGGCGCGCCAUGCGGGCGCUGAGGUGCGAGACGGACGCCGACUGCGUGUACGGGGCGGACUGCAGGGCGGCGUGCGACGCGGCCGAGAAGCGGUGCGGGGGGGAGGCGCUGCAGCCCAACCUGGCCAAGGCCUGCGGGGCCCUGAAGGACUACCUGCUGCGAGGGGCCCCGUCGGCCCUGAGGGAGGAGCUGGAGAGGCAGCUGUACGCCUGCAUGGCCCUGCGGGGCAACGCCGGGCAGAUGGACAUGGAGCACUCGCUCAUCCUCAACAACCUCAAAGCGCUGCUGUGGAGACAGAUCUCGCACACCAAGGACUCGUGACGAGGGGGAGCCGAGUGUUAGAGAUGCCGCGACGGAGGAGUGGCGAAUUGUGCCGAGCAACUCUCACACAUUUCAGUAGUUAAACUAAACGAUUGCAUGCUGUCAUCGGUUGUGUUAUUUACCAUACUGGAAUGUUACGGCAGCACUGCUGGAUUAACAGAUUUUACUGAGCUCAGAGACUAAAGUGCACAAAGCUGAUAUUUGUCUAGGCAGACGUGACACACUGACCUCCAGAUUGAUAUGUAAAGCUGCUAAAAUUACAUAAUUUCAUACAAAGUGUGUUUUAUUCAGUUCAGCUCUUAAUCAAAAUCAGUGAUUUAGUCUUUUGAUGGGUUUUACUAGAAUUCAGCCCCGAACCCACUGCUGUCUAGAAUUAACUGUUAACUCAAUUGAAACCAUGGAAUAUUAUUUUAAUGUUAGUUUUUAAUUUUUUUGAUGUUACUUUUACAGUAAUUGUUUUCACUGAAGCAGGUAAGUCAAAGCUAUCUCUGAAGAGGGAACGCGUCACUGAGUGCGAUGCAGUUCCUUUUUAUAGCAAAGUCAAAAGUACAGAGGAGGAAAGUCCUAGUGGCUUUGGAUCCACAAUGACAUGUCACAGUCUUAGCAUAGAAACAAAUACAGUUCAUGCAAACUAAGAGACUCUGACAAUCUGAGAAGAAUUGCUGGCUUUUCCAUUCAAUCAUCAGUGUGAUCAAUAAGAUGGAUCAGCAGCUUCUGGCAACGCAAUGACAUUUCUUCACUGUAUAUCUCACAGACGUUGAACUCUCAUCACUGUUAAUGCAACACUGAACGUACAAAGUGAACGGAUUUGUUUGCUAUUUAUUGUCACUGCAGCACCUGUAGUCGUCAACUAAGUCACGCUGAAACCAUUUGAAUGUUUAUCACUCGAGGGUGGAGCUGAAGGCUCGCUCGCAUUUGAAUGCUGUACAAACGCAUCGCUGUCCAUGGUGUCUGAUAUUGACUCGUGACGCAUGUCAAGCUUAUGGUCCAUGCCGUUUUGACGAUAUGAACAAUGUUUACUUAUUGAAGAAACCAGCAUGAUUUUGCACAAUUAAAGUACGAACCACUACCGUUACUGGCAAACGUGUACAAACCAUUUCUACCAGGUCAUGAUCGCAGUGGAUUAAAGAUUAAUAGAAUGAA